AUGGCUCAUGAGGGAUUAACUGAAGAUGAACAGAAAGCGCGAAAGAAAGCCGACCGCGAACGUAAACGACAAGAAGCUCGUGAUGUGGCUGAGAAAAAAAAGCGGUUUGGUUUAACACCAGAAAAAAAACGAAAACUGAGAUUACUUAUUAUGAAAAUGGCUACAGAUAAUUUGAAAAAUGCUGCCCAACAACGUUUGGAAGCGAGAAAAAAUUAUAUUGCAGAGCGAGUCAAACCAUUACCGACAGAUUUUAACAGUUUAACAGAGGCUCAUCUUGUAUCAAUACUUAAAGAUCUACAUAAACAACUGACUGAGCAGGAAGAAGCAAGUUAUGAUGUUGAAAUGAAAAUUCGAAAACAAGACUAUGAUAUCAAUGAACUGACAAUUAAAGUAAACGAUAUCAAAGGAAAAUUUAUAAAACCCACAUUGAAAAAGGUUUCGAAAACUGAACAAAAAAUGCACAAACUUCAAAAACCCAAAGAAGAAGAAAUGGAUUUUCGUUCGGUAUUAAAAGUGUCGAAUAAACCAAAAUUUGCCUUAAAUACUGAGGAAAAGGAAGAAGAAAAGGUGAAUUUUCGUGAACACUUAAAAUCAGCCAAAGAACAUAAAGUGGAAGAAGAAGAUUAA